AUGUUUUCCUUCGCUCUUUCUUUAAUUUUAUAUUUUUUGCCGUCAUUAAUUCUUAAACAAUUAUCGUGUGCCCAAUUAAUACCCAGAGUUUUGUUAUUUAAUGACCCAAAAUAUUCUGCAGUUACACUUAGCCCUGAUGGAAAAACUUUUGGUAUUAGCAAUGUUUAUACAAAAUGUCACUCAUGUAAAUAUAGUAAACCUGUCACAUUUGAAAAUCGCCGCCAUAUUAGUGGUUAUCAAUGGACAGGAGUACCAAAUAUAAUUUUAUUUCAUCAGGAUAACAAUGGAGAUGAAAAUUUUAGACUUUAUAAAGUUAAUAUAACAAAUGCAUUAAUUAUUGGAAAUAAUUUACGUGAUCAUAGAGUUCUUAUUGGUCUUAAUGAUGAAAACCCGUCUUUUCAUAAUAUUUAUGAACUUGAUUUAAUUAAUAAUCAAAUGAGAAUGAUAUUUCACAAUCAAAGAUUUCCAGCAAAAAUUGUUGUAGACAAUAAUCUUAAAAUUAGAAUGGUUGUUGAGGAAGCUUUAGAUGGAUCUCUUGUUUAUUAUAAACUUUCUGAUAGUGCAAAUCCUUCAAGGCUAACUUCUGAUAGGUUAAAUUGGGUUGAAUAUUUACGUGUUCCGUCUGAAGAUAGAGCUUUAACUUUGCCAAUAUCAUUUACUCAAGACAAUCAAAAAAUUUAUUGGCAAUGGGGAGCUGACACUGAUCUAGGUCAAUUGGUUGUUCAUGAUUUUGGACGUCCUGAACAAAAUGAAGUUCUUUAUACAGCACAAAAAGCACAAAUUGGAGGUGUUAUUUUCCAUCCAAUUGAAAGAACAGUUUUGUCUGUAACUGAAAUAUAUCAUAAACCAGAUAUUUAUGUAGCUAAUACAACUGUUUUAACUCCAUUGUUGGGCCCAGCACAAUUACACGGUGAUCGGCUAGAAUUAGCUCGUCAAGGAAUGUUACCGAAAAAACCACAAAGACUCAUUGUAUUAAUCCAUGGAGGUCCAAAAUUGAGAGAUUUUUUUGGUUUUGCCGCUAUAAAUGCUUGGUUAACGAGUAGAGGAUAUGCUGUUUUACAAGUUAAUUUUCGUGGAAGUGUUGGUUUUGGUAAAAAUUUAACAAAUGCUGGUAAUGGAGAGUGGGGACGUAAAAUGCAUCAAGAUUUAUUAGAUGGAAUUGAUUUUCUUGUUCAUAAUGGUUUUUGGAGAAAAUACAUAAUUAAAUUAAAUAUUUAUUUCAAAGGAAUUGCGGAUAAAAGACAAAUAGCUAUAAUGGGAGGGUCUUAUGGAGGAUAUGCAACAUUAGUUGGAAUGACAGGUUUUUAUAAAGAUAUGACAACAAUGCUGGAUCAAUUUGUUGCUGCUUUAAUGAAAAAUCAUAUUCCAGUUACUUAUAUUGUAUUCCCAGAUGAAGGGCAUGGACCUAGGAAACCACACAAUACUCUUGCAAUGGCUGGUUUUAUUGAAGAAUUUUUACAUAAAUGUUUACACGGAGAUGUUGAACCCUUCCAUUUGGGUAAUCUACAAACAUUUAUCCUCUCAAUACUUAAAUAUUUUUACUUUUUAAGGUCAAUAUAA